GGCACGCCGUCCAGUCCCGACCAGCAGGAGUCGAGAGAGCGUUAGCGAGAUGCUGAAGGUGGUUCUGAUCUUUUUCGUCGGUGUGGUGGGCCUCUGCGCCGCGGCGGCCCAGCUCGAGGAAGUCUUCGCGUGGAAAGAGGUAUCUUUCGCGUGGCCCAGUGAAGAGGCCAAGAACGAGGCGGUGAAGACCGGGGAUUACAUCGUCCACAACAACCUACCCCUGGGGGUGGAAAGGUGGAGGGAUAGGAUUUUCGUUACUGUGCCCAGAUGGAAGGCGGGAGUGGCUUCUUCCCUGAACUACGUACCUUUGACCCCAGCAAACAAAACUGCCUCUCUCAUCCCCUACCCUGACUGGAAAGCCAACACCCUCCCAAAGGGAGAGGAGAAACCGACGGAAAAUGCAGUUAUCUCAACCUUUAGAGUCAAAGUGGACGCCUGCGACAGACUGUGGGUCAUGGACACUGGCCUUGCUGAUAUCCUAGGGAGUCCCAAUUUAGUUUCCCCACCUGCUAUCGUUAUUUUCGACCUUAAAACCGACAAGCUGAUCCGUCGGUAUACGCUGAAGGAUAGUGACCUCAAAGGAGAGGAGUCUUUCUUUGCCAAUAUUGUCGUUGAUGCAACUCCUGACAAAUGCGACGAAGCUUUUGCUUACAUACCCGAUCUUGGUGGUUAUGGACUGGUUGUAUACUCUUUCGCAGAAAACGACUCUUGGAGAAUCAAGCACAACUUCUUCCAUUUCGACCCUCUUAGCGGAGAUCUCACCAUUGGUGGGGUCAACUUCCAAUGGACCGAUGGACUUUUCGGCUUAGCACUCAGUCCACAAAAUGAAAAUGGGUACCGUACAUUGUAUUUCCAUGCUCUGGCUAGCACCAAUGAAUUUUCCGUCAAUACAGAAGUACUGAGAAACAAAACGUUAGCAACAGAUCCAAGCCAGUACAACAUGUUUAAACUUGAAGGUUCCAAAGGACCCGGCAGUCAAACAUCAGCUUCGGUAUUGGAUGAAAAAACCAAUAUACUGUUCCUCACACAACUAUGCAAGGAUGGGGUUGCUUGCUGGAACACAAAGAAACCCCUAAACCCGGAGAACCUCGGUUUAAUCGUACAAGACCACGAAAAUCUAAUUUUCACCAAUGACAUGAAGUUGGAUCACGAAAGGAAUCUGUGGAUACUUUCUGAUAAGAUGCCGAUUUUCAUCUACAAAGAUCUCAACCCAGAAGAGGUGAACUACAGGAUAUUCAAAGUUCCAGUCGAUGAGGCCAUCAAGGGAACUAUUUGCGAAGCCUGAAUCAGUAUUACGUUUAAGUGAUAUCUUUGUAAAAUUAUUACAUUACUGUUAUUUUGUUAACAUAUUUGUAAAUAGAAAUAAAGUUUUUUUAAAAUAA